CUCGCCGCUGCGUGAGGGAGAGAAACACUGAAGUGCCUGGAAAGGUGCAUACUCUGUGAGGAAAAUCCUAUCAUAAUCCAACGACAGCUCAUCACCCUGUGGGUUAAGCCCAGAGGGAUCAUGUGGGUUCUGGAGAAGAUCCGGGACUCCGUUGAAACAAAUGUGCUCCGGCAAGGAGAGACUGGUGAUAAACAGGGCAAGGCGCCUGUCUAUAGCAAUGUCCUCACACCUGAUAAGAUUCCAGAUUUCUUUAUCCCUCCAAAGCUGGUAAGCUGCCCACCAGAGCCUGAGGCAACCGAUGUCAAGUCCAAAGAAAGUUUGCAACCCUCUACAUCUGAGCAAACCAUCAGCAGCAAGAAUAUCAGCAGCCCUCGUAGCCCACGAUUGGUCAGCAAGUUGGCCGGAGACACCAAAAACUUGCUUAGGGCCGCUAACCGCCACAUCAUUCAAAUUGAGAGUGCGGAUGAAGUCGUUGCAGGUGAUACAAAUGCGGACCCUCAAUCACAGACAGCCAUGUCACUGCCGUACAUUCCAAAGACUCAGACCUCAUACGGCUUUGCAACGUUAAUGGAGAGUCCCCACACUCGGCGGAAAGAAUCCCUGUUCCACUGUGACCACACCAGCCCAGUAACCUCGCCCAACACCCAACGCAAGUCUCAAAGCAAGAGCAGCAACGAGGGGAACCACCUCAAUCCUCCAGACUUCAACACCUCUCACAUAAACCCCUACCGUUACUUCAGUGGUGGUGAGAGCGACACUUGCUCUUCAGCAGAAUCCUCCCCAUUUAGUUCACCCUUGCUGUCCCGUUCCGCUUCCCUUCUGAAGAUCUUCACCCAUGACACGCAAGCCAAGGUUGCAAAAGGCAAGAGGACAUUCGCCAGACAUAGUUCCCUAUCCACGGAUGAAUGCAGCUCAGCGGAACCAAGCCCUAACGUUCCCAGACGAAGCCACUGUUCCUCUUUGCAAGGUGGUGGAGCUCUGGAACAUCUGCAUGGUGCCGACCGUCAACACAAGGAACACACCAUCAACAUGCACAAAGGAGGCACCAUCCGGCUUUGUGCAGAUUAUGAUGCAGGUACGGCCCGCUUGCGAAUCCGUAUAAUGGCAGCUGAGGACUUGUAUGACCCAAUGUUUGAUAUAAAGAGCAUCAACUGCUGCGUGUCGCUCUACCUCAAUCCAGGCAAGUUGCAGAAACAAAGGAGCACAAUUAUCAAGAACAGCCGCAAUCCCGUCUUCAACGAGGACUUCUUUUUUGAUUCAGUGACUUCGGCUCAGGUAAAAAACCUAGCUCUGAAGAUCAAAGUUGUGAAUAAAGGAACUAGCCUGAAAAGAGACUCGCUGUUAGGUGAGCGAGAGGUUGCUUUGUGCAAGCUCUUGUCUGGAUUUUAGGCCUUCAAUGCAGCCUACAAAGGGACUUCAAAGGUGGAAUAAUGUCUUCUGUAAUAGAAAUUUGCUUCGUUGUCUCUCAUGUAGCCUGACACAGUGGUUGACUUAGUAUUCACAAAUUCAGAAAUGACAAUCACCACCUGAUCAAGAUACAGUAUCUGCAUAGCUCUGAAUUUGUUGCCAGUGAAUAUAGAAAAUCAAAAGUCUUUUUGUAUAUCUUAUUUUUGUUGUUCUACACGUUGAGCCUAAUUAAGAUGGAGCGUUUACCUUUUUGAUUGUAAAGCCUUUUUUUCAUAAAGCCGCAGUCCUUUGAAGCAACACAAUGGCCCUCUGUGCUAAUGUUAGCUUUGAUCCUGGAUUCAUCUGCCGGCUAAUUUUGAGGAUAAAUAUCCAGACUGAACAAUGUUGCGUCACAUUGCAUGUGUUGUUGUCAGACAUUAGCGUAACUUGUAAAUGCAAUGACAUAUUCUUGCAACAAUGUGCUGAAUGUCAUUUGGUGAAACCCAGAAGCCUUACUAAUGAGAAGGAUUUUGCAUGCUUAGAUUUGCUCACAGUGCACCAUUUUUGAUUGAGGAAAUAAUUUCUGACUAAUAAUUAUCUGUAUUUGUUGAAUAUCAACAUUUAAAUUGAGUGUUCUGGUUUGCACUCUCUGUCAAGGGCCUUUUAUGAAAAAAGGUCAACAUAAAAAACUUUCUUGAGAAAGUCUUUCCAUUUUGAAUGUAUAUGCUGCAUUUGUCAUUAUGCAAAUGAUUGAUUUUAAGUGAUAUUAUAGCUCUGUUCCAUAACCUAGUGAGCUGCCUUGCUGUCUACUGCCUACAUAGGCAGCUGCUUGCUAAAGGCUAGGAUACACGUAAUUUUUACGCGUGCCAUUACGUCUCGCACAUGGUCGAGCGCUCAGCCUGUCAAAGUACCGGUAUACUAUUUUGACUGUAAUCCCAAACUGACACGUUCAAUACAUUUACACUUGACUGCCUUGUGAUACUCUUUUAGCAGUCAACAGCAGGCACAUGUGCAGUGACAAGCUAAGACGCAGACUGUCUAAGAAAAUCUAGACGGCAUCCAGACAGGCCGCGCAUACUGUGCUGAUGACGAAAUUUGAGUUAUAAGCACUAUGCGUGAGACGUACUGUACCAGCAUGCGGAAAACAAUUCAACCGAAGUAUACUCUGGCCUUAAGGCAGAAUCCUAACGGAAAUGUAACCUCAAAAGUGAGUGAUUUGGAACGCUCUACAUAGACAGCAACUCCACCAAUUAUACAAAAAGUGCUCCGCACAGGAGACUCACGAUUCACGAUUGAUUCCAAUAGAGUUUGUCGUUAGCAUGUUGCUAAACUAACUGUGUGAUGCUCUGUUAAGCAUAAAAAUAUAUAAGACACACAAAUAUUGGGUAAUAAUUACUUUUGGAAACCAAGAAAAAAAAAUACUGUGACCGUUUGAUUUUCAUGACUUUCGGUUCCGUUAACGGUUCUUGUGCAUACAAUUUUACGUCACUGCAGACGAAAACUUUACUAAAAUAUUCUGACAGUGUUUCCUGCAGUGCAAUUCAGUGGCAGCACUGCCCCCUACAUAAUCUACAGCGUAAAACACACAGCGCAUCAAGAGUUUUCUGAUUCCUGAACGAUUUAAUCUUAUGUGCCGGCUCUUUUGGAUCAGCACGUCCAGUGCAUUCUGAUUCCUAAAGAAAGACCCUUAUGUGCCGGCUCUUUUGAAUCUACAGCAUGAAAUGCAAAUCCCAUAGUCUGAUUACUGGACAAAUUACUUUAUUGAGCGGUUCCUUUUAAUGUACAGCGCGAAACAUCCAACUCUUUCAAUGUUGUCCGAUUCCUGAAGAAAUUACUCUUAUGAGCUGGUUCUUUUUAGUGAGUCAGAAAUACUUUAACGUCAGUCAGAGUGGUUACUGAAUUAAUCUAAUACUGAUGCGCAAGUUAUGAAUAUCCAACCUGAAAUGAAAUCAGAAUUGUUGAAGUCUCACAAGCAUGAAGUACAACAUCAGACUGCAUAACACAGUCUAAACUGUCUCUGGAACUGUUUCUGUGUUUUUUUUUUUUUUUAAUGUACUUCACACCUGUGAGACUUGAACUGGUUGCUCAUGUGACAAUAUCACAUUUCUUGUUUGUUUACAGUCGUAUUUUAUAUGUGGUUAGGAACAGUUAUUGGAUUGCAUUUAUGCCUCAAAGUAUGCAAAUGUGCCUUUUACAAGAAUUGUAUGACAUUUAUUUCUGAUUUGUUAUGUCUACUCUGUAGAAAUCUAAAAUGAUCUCUUCAUCUGGCAACAGGCUACUGAGGGCAGUAAAUGCAAUAAGAAUAACAUUUCUUAUUUUCAAAUAAUUCUUCCUUGAAAGUUCUGAAAGAAUCAUUAAGAGGAAUCGGAACCGGAAUCGUUAAAUUCCUAAGAUUACCAUCCCAAGUAAUAAUGCAUGUUUAAUUAGAUUGGAGUACAUUUUAUCGAGACUUUUAGCUAUGGUAUAAUAUUAAAGGAUAGGGUACAAUGGGGCUAAAGGCUCUGUGAUGUAAAAGGCUCCUUUGAUUUUAUUUUCUCCUAAAACACUAAAUAGCAACAAAAACUAUCACAGGACUUUCCUAAACACUUGUUUGUCACUAUACACUGAAAAAUAUUCCUGAUCCAUGAGAUCUUUGCGUGAAAUGUCUAAAGGUUGAUUUUAUUUUUCAUAUUUUUAAUAUUGUUUUAAAUAUUGCAAAUUUAUGUAGCUAAUGAAAAAACACAUUUCUUUUGAGACAAAAUACUUAUUUAUCAUUUUCAGUUUUGUUAAAGGUCAUUAAAUCAAACAUUUAUCAAUAACUGUCCAAUAAGUGAAAGGAUAGUAUUUGGGGUAAAAAGCCCCCCUGUUGCAGGGGCUAAAGGCCCCUAUUAAACACAUUAUUUUAUAUAUAUAUAUAUAUAUAUUUUUUUUACCUUGAUACAUUUUGUAACCAGAAAAAAGAAACAUUUCCUUAAGGGGUGCCUUUAGGCUCGUUGUACCCUAUUUAUAAUCAAGGUUCAUUUUUAUUCACCAUCUUGGGUUAAUUGUUUUCAGACAGGAUACAUCUGCAAAAAUGUCCACAUCCAUCUGCGCUGUUUUUCAAUUGUUCUUUUCUAUGAAAACAUGAGCUAGAUGGACAUCUUUGACCGUUGCGCCAUGUCUCGCUGUUCUUUCAUUUUUAGAUGCUGUCUCAAUUUAAAAAGAACUUCAGCUUUUAAAAAGGUUUCUCAAAACUCCCGUUCCAUUUGUUGCAAUUUGUCUAGCUUUUUUAGAAGCAAAGACAUUCAGUGUGACCCCAUUCAUCCUUCAUGUCAACGCCGCAUCUAUGAUGCCUUAAAAUGCUGCCUACGGAGGCAGCUCACUAGAUUUGUUUAAACAGAGUGUAUAUGCUAAAUCUACAGACAAGUAAAAUAAAAUACAUCAGCAAUUAAUUUAUAAUAAGCAAUAUUUUUUCCCCAUUUCCAUUUCUGAUUAAUAUCAAACAAAAUUAUACAUAUGUAGAAGAGUUUACUUCUUUCUAGGUUCCACUUUCUAGAUGAAAGAACAGAAAAGGCAUCUUUAAGGUGCAUUAGCUGGCUAGAGCUUGUUAAAAUGCUGAAAAAUGGCAAAGAUUGCCCCAUUGAUUCCAGUGAAUAGCAGAAUAGUUACACAAGUGAUUUAAGGGAUGGACAUGAACAUUUCUAUAUUUAUGAUCUGUGGAUUGUGCCGUAAUUACUGAGUGCAAAAGUAUGUAAAGCUUUUCAUUUUUAUUCAAGUGUUUCAUGAAGUUUUUAAUUUACAAAACUACUCGAAUGCUGGAGUCUUCCUGUUUUAACAGGUGUAUUUUGCAAAAUGAAGAAAGUGCCAAUCCUAUGUACUUGAUGUAGAAGUAAAUAGUUCAUCUGCCAUUUCCUGUGAGUUGUUCAUGCUGGAUUCUGUCGUCUGGUGUUUGUAACGUGUUCAUGGUUAAUAUUUUUACUAUGGUAAUCAACUUAUUAUAAUUAUAAGUGUGAGCUGUUUGAUGGAGAAUUCAAUGUACUACGUUUUGUUUUCUGCACUUCUGCAUGAAUAUUCAACUGGUGUAUUUGUAUCUUAGAUGGGCAGUUGGGGGUUCAGGGUUGGGGCUUUACUCUGGGGCACUUUUGCAAAUAAUAAACAUAAAACAUUUUG